AGAGAUCAUCGCGGAAGUUCACAAAGACCCACGGCUUUUAGAACCUGACACUUGUGUCAGCUGCUAUUCGCGUGUUCAACUAAGAUUCUUCCGUCCUUCACAUCGAUCAUUGUCUCCUUCGUAGACUCUGAGAACAGUUGCAUGAUUGCCGACGAGUUCUCCCCGACUGCCUAGGGUUUCUUUGUAGAAAACCUUCAAUAAGACGACCCAAAUAUCCUCGCCAUAGAAACCUUCUAGAUCCCGCCAUCGCCACGAGAUCAGACUCCGAUGGGUAGUCUCCGUAGCCCACGGGAAAGCUCGUCACUUUAUCUACGAGGAGUUCUUCCUUUGUUUUCUAGAACGUCCGGAGAAGUCUCAUAACGCCAAAGUAUUCAUGGCAACCCCUUUCAGUUGCCAGAGUUAGCGAAGGUUUAAGAUGGAGGAGUCUUCCUUCAACAGGUUCCAGGCUUCCUUCGGUCGACUGAAGCCCUAAGGUAUCGAUAUAUCUGUCCCAGUGCUUCCUUGGUGACACCUAGGAGUUUAGACAUUAGUAAAGCUCAAACUAGUAGUUAAGCUGUGCGGAGAGUUUGCGGCCCUGGUAGAAGAAUCAUUGCACGUAAUGUCGAGGAAGAGGAACAGAACUCGGCGCCCGAACGCUCAUGCCAAUAAUCGAAGGGGACCGCGAACUGUAGGUUUCGAUGGCGACCACCUCAUGCAGGUCGACCCGCCCCUGACGAAAAACCGUAACCCGGCUAACAGGAGAGGAGGCAAUAACAAAUCUUUCCCAGCUCGCGGUCGAGGAGCACAGCCAUACCACAAUGGCAACAACCACGCCCCUGGCCCCCGUGGCGGUCAAGGGCAAAGGCAUCACAACAACAACGCUUCCAACUCGAAUCCGAAUAAACGCAAGCACCGCAAUAACAACCACAGCAACACCCCCAAUACGCCCUCCGACUUAUGCUCCGACAUCGAUAUGCACCUCGGCACGCCGCCGCCGCCGCUCCCUUUCACCACAUCGCCCUUCUCAGCCUCCUCGCCGCCAUUCUCGCUAACUCAUCACGCCAACUCCAACUCCAACACCCAUUUCAACGGCGGAGGUGGAAGCGGUGGAACGAACAAACGGUUCUGCACAGAAUGCAGUGCGGUGCGGCGCGCGAACCUGCGCUUCCGUAACUGGGCGGCGCGGGCUAUCCGCGCGUGCGGCGAGCGCUUCCGCGAGUGGGCCGACGACGCGGGCGUCGGCUUCGAGAGCGCGGAUGAGAUGGACUGGCAGCCUGAGCCUGUUAUUCGGGUUUUGUUCGUGCGGCCUCCUAGUCCUACUCCCGCUUCCGCUGCCGCUUCUUAUCCCUUUGCACAGCCUUACGCUCAACCUUAUACUGGGCAGCGUAAGCCUAGUUUCGGGACGCAGGCGCAAGGGCUGGAGGCGGAGCAGUAUUUGGAACAUCUGCGGCAGCAGAACGGGGUGAACGUAUGGGAAGGAGGUGUAGGAAGUGUAAACAAUGACCCCAAACCCGGGCCCUGGCCCUGGCCGCCGUUCAACUGGUACGAGAACCCCGCCGUGCCGACCUGGUCCGCGCGCGUGCCCUCGACGGGGCUCCCGGGCGUACCUACGACGAUGGAAGACGUGCCGCUGCCCGACUGCAGCACCUUCCACACCAACCCUAACACCAAUGCCCACAUCAACAACAUCUACGCCAAAACUAACGCGUACACCAACAACGCCAGCAGCAUACCGGAUCCAAUGCCCGUCUCAGGCUUCGGCCUGCUCGGCGCAGGGUGCGCCGGCUGCGCGGCCGAGGAGCAGGAGUCGAGGUUAGGCUGCGCGUGGAGCGCCGCGGGUGAGCAGCCGUCCAUCCCGGCGCGGGCGCCGCCGCAAGCGCCCGCCGUGACGAGCACGUGCGGGCCGGCGAGGGUUGGGGUCGGGGUCGGGGUGCCUUCCGCUCGGCCCCUAGGCGCGAACUUUGCUACGUACCGGAGUACCAGUCGGAAGACUUCGAGGGAUUCGGAUGGUCCUUAUUGAGUAAGGGCUCCUGGGUAGCUAGCGGGGAGACGGGUAGAUGUAGAUGAAGGAUUGUUGUGGGCGGGGGGAGGGGGAUUUUGGGAAGAUGAGUGUUCGCGUUUUGCCUCGAGAUGCCACGGGUUGGAGGUUCAAGGUAUGGGUGCUUGCUGUUAACCGGUCAAGUAUGCAUCAUUUGCUCAAUAG